ACCUUAUCUCGCGCCUGAGACGAGGCUCGCUCAGUCGCCGACACGCAUCCAGGUGCGUGGGACCCUGCUGCUUCGCACAGGCCUGCACCCGCUAGCACCUUCCAGCACCCGCCAGCACCUUCCAGCACCUUCCAGCACCCGCCCGACCAACCGCGUGACUGCAGCGGCGCCAUGCGGCCGCCCCGGGAGGCAGAGGCCCGGACCGUGCUGAGUGACGGCUCCGCACAGUACGACGUGACGCGCUUCCUGCGACUCCACCCCGGCGGCUGCAACACCCUGGCCGCCUACAAGGGCGCCAGUGCUGCCACCGUGGCGGCCAAGAUGCGCCACGAGCACUCCAGGGCCGCCAACUACCUGGCGGGGGAGUACGUCCCCGGCGCCGACCCCGCGCGCGACCUGGAGGGCCUGGUGGACUGGUCGCGGCCCAUGCUGGCACAGGUGGGCGCGCUGGGCCCGCGCUACUACGAGUGGGUGUGCUCUCCCGUGGACCGCCCCCUGCGGCUGUUCCGCUCCGACCUGCUGGAGGCGCUGUCCGUGACCCCAUGGCGCCUGGUGCCCGCCGUCUGGCUGCCCGUCGUCGCCGCCGUGCUGGCCCGGGGGCUGGCCGACAACGACCUCCUCUCCUCGCCCGUCCGCCUGCAGACCUUGUGGUUUGUGCCCUGCCUGCUGCUGGGACUGCUGCUGUGGUCGCUGCUUGAGUACUCCAUCCACCGCUGGGUGUUCCACAUGAGGCCGCCCGACGACUCGCCGGCGCUCAUCACGCUGCACUUCCUGCUGCACGGCCUGCACCACAAGGUGCCGUUCGACAGCGGGCGCCUGCUGUUCCCGCCCGCGCUGGCCGUCGCGGUGGCGCUCCUGCUGUACUCCGUGCUCUCGCUGCUGUUCCCGGCGUGGAUGCUGCACUACGUCACGGCAGGCACCAUCUCAGGUUACGUUACGUACGACUUGAUGCAUUACUACCUUCACUACGGAUCCCCGGGAGCAGACACGUACCUCUACAACAUGAAGAGGUAUCACAACCAACACCACUUCACACAGCAUGAGUCAGGUUUUGGAAUCAGCAGCAGCUUCUGGGACGAUAUAUUCAGAACUAAAAUAAUUCUUAAAAAACUUUACAUAACGCUCAAGUGGUAACAAUAGCAUUUUGUGUUGCUGCAAGAACAGCACAUGACUACGAGGGAAUGGCUCCAGCUCUCGGCCAACGCACGGCGUCCUGUCGAGUGUGGUGCGACGGGGCAGUCGGGAGCUUCUCGUGAAGGCUAGCUCGCACUCUCACCAGGACACUUGAGUCACGAGUAGCCACGUCGUGGUCACUUUCCUAGCAGGUGCUCGUUAGCUCGUCAGUUAACUUCACACGGGCAGAACUAGACAAAACUACGAUUAUUUUUGAAAAAAAUUUUUUUGUAACCUACAGAACACAAAUAGGUAUAAUGUAUAAUUUGAAACAAAAUCCACAGCUACAAUCAUGUGUUCACGGUGAGGUCAUCUACGAUGUUUGGCAGUGCCAAGGAGACAGUCUCGUGUCGGGCGGCCGGCGGAGUUUCGUGUUCCGGCCUGAAGUGUGUGAAAGGCUGCGUGUUUUAUCGCACUCGUAUCAUGGGAGUGAGAAACUGAGUUGGAGGGGGAGGAGGGAAGGCAAGCUUGCGGACUUAACUAAACCAAUCUUGAAACAUUAACAUCGGAAACACCACAUCCACAGACCUGCCUAGGGUUUGCAAAGCUUCGCCGUUGGAGAACUGAGCACCAGCGACUUCGCCACGGAGGUCGCGGUCAAGCCGAGAUGCGAGCGGGAAAGUGUUCCAGGCCGUGUGGCGAGCCGGAGGUUGUGACGGUACUUAUGUGAAUCAAACAAACAACGUGCAUCUGUGGUAACGCAACCCACCAAUGGUACCUUGCCCUACACCCAUUUUUGAUUCCUUCUCGUCGAGAAAAACUGGGUGUUAGACCCCUUUAUCAAUAAGAAAGCACUAUCUACUUACAGA